AUCAACCAAUCGAUCCAAAGGAUUCGUUGAGCCCUCGCUGUGUGUAGAACACUGUGCUGAGCGCUCCUCCUCCCGUGGAGGUGCAGCUCUCCCAGGACUGGAAGGUAACCCCAUUCUCGGAUAGCUGGCCCCCUUUUGGCACCGGGCCCUGGGGGUUCCCAACAGCUGGGAGGGAUCUAGGAAGAGCAAGUCAAGCAGCCCGGACAGUAGUACAAUACAGCAAAAAAGAGAAGCAAUCCCUGCCACACUUCUUAACUCCAACUUUCCAUCCCACUGAACUUGGCACUGACCAAUGAAGCUGCAUCUGAGCCCAAAGGUGGCCCUGUCCCAGGCCAUCCCCCUGCUGCAGCCCUCUCCACUCCCAUCACCUCAGCUUCCUUCGAUUUCUCCAUCCUCAAAUGGGGAAUCAUCCCAAAGUCGGGGGGACACUGAGGCUCGGAAGCCCACCAAAGUAGGGGGAGAAAGCUGGGGGACCUUUCCCACGCUGCCCUGCUUUCCCUGCCAUCACGAGGUCAGUGCUGACUGUGGUGUCCACUGACACAGAGGAAGUUGACGCAUCAGUUCCUCCUUCGGGCUGCUCGGCUCCAAGGAAUCCAGGCGGGGCUCGCUCUCCCAAGAGAAGCCGAAAUGCCGCUCAGGAAGCCCGGCGCUUGGGGCCCCCGGCGGUUGAACGCGAUCAUAGGGGUCCUCAUGGUGGCAGCCCUCUCCUUGCUGUUCUAUGCCCUCCUCUGGAAGGCCGGCGACCUGGUCGACCUCCCUCACGUCAAGCUGGGCUUCUACAACUUCUGCCUGUGGAGCGAGGCGGCGGGCCGGCUGCAGUGUCAGCAUCUCCACGACGAGGGCCGGCUGGGCCUGCCCCAGCUGGGCUUGGGCCUGGCCAGGCUGGGGGUGUACGGGGCCCUGGUCCUGAGCCUCUUCAGCCCCCUGACCCUGGCCCUGGCCGGGCACUUCCAAGACCGGAGCCAGUGGCGGCUGGGCCUGGGGCUCCUGAGGGCCUCGGCCGCGCUCCUGUCCUCCGGGCUGGGGGUCUUCCUGGGCCUCGUCUGGAAGUGGCUCCGGCCCUCGGAGCUCGGCGGGGCCUUCGUGGCGCUGGUUGGGGCCGAGGCCCUGCUCCUACUCCUCGUCGUCGCCGCCGGGGAGCACCCCCUGGGAGCCAAGAAGGAGCCCUAUGAGCUCCAAGGGGUGGAGACCAAGGGCUAGGCUCACCCGGCGACCCCCCUCCCCGCCCCAGCCCGCCCACCUCAGUCCCUCCCUAUACCCAGUCCGUGUAUCCCCCCUGCCAGGGUGCUCAGAGGUUAGGGCUCGGUGCUCUCCUACAUCAGCAGUUUCUCCGUGCCACGGAAGACGUAGCUGAGGCCACGGUGGCUCCGCUUGGCGACCCUGGGUGAGGCUCGGCUAGUUUGUUUUCAAAGCGACCCCCGACCUUAGCCGAUUCCUCCUCCUCCGAACGCCGCAAGGAGGGGGUGAAGCCAGUGACCCAAGGCGCCUCUGCCAAGCCCUCCCCAAGAGGUCUCCAGGCCCGGCUACGUGUUUUAACAUCACCUAUCGCUCGCUUGCCGUACGUGGGUAAGCCCCCGGCGGAAAGCACCUCCCGCGGCAGGACGACAAACUGACAAGAUAGCCCGCAGCCCAACACGCCUGCCUUCCGUUAUGUAUUAAAGACGCGCACCGCACUUUUCAAAUCCAAACCGCUCUCUGCUUCCGGAGGGGCCGCCCGGGCGAGACGGUGGGGACCCCGGCCUGAGAGGAAAACCAAACCAACCUGGAUCCAUCCAGGGCCCCCGCAGACUCGUCUACCGUCCGCUCGGGGGACGGCCCGCUCGGUGCUCAGGAGGAAAUAAACGGUGGUAUGACCGAUC